GUCGCAGCAGUGGACCCAGCAGCGGCCGACACCUCAAUGAAGUGAAACAGUAAAUAUGGCGCCUUUAGUUUGUGGGCUCUCUUAUUCAUUUUUAAUAUUCGUUUUCGUUACUGCCACUGAUAAUCCUAAGGCUGAUGGUCUGGGUAAGGGUGCUCAUAGCGAGCGCGGCGGUCUGUGGUUCGGGCCCCGCCUGGGCAAGAGGUCCCUGCAGAUGAGGAGCGAGAGGAACAGUGACACAAUGCGCAAACUGAUCGAGGCGGCCGACACACUGAAGUUCUACUACGACCAGAUGCCGUACGAGCUGCAAGCGGACCCGCUCACCAAAGCGGUUUCCAAAAAGGUGAUAUUCACACCGAAGCUGGGCCGGGCGCUGGACUACGACAGUCGGGGUGUGGAGACCCUGGACUUCACCCCGCGCCUCGGCCGGAAACUCGGUGAAGAACUGCGGACUGAUGACGAGCCUGAGCAAGUGAUGGACGCCAGAGCGAAUCUCUUCUCCCCUCGACUCGGCAGGAGCUUUAAAUUCUCGCCCAGACUUGGCAGAGAAUUGUCAGACUACCUAUACCUGGAGCCUGAAGUGAGGGUGGCCCGAAGCAGCGACAAGAGCUAAACGCAUUCUGUAACAUAAACGUUUUGGACAAAGUGAUAUUUUGUAUUUAAUUCUAGUCAAAAUAAAUAUUAUUAACUAUUU